AACGAAGAAUGAGAAGAUAAAAAAGUCAAAAGAGCGCGAAGAAAAUUUAUAGACUUUACCUCAGCCUCUCUCUCUCUCUCAAAGAAAAAUUAUACCGUAUAUUGCUUACGAGACUAAUUGCUCUAUUGAGAAAAGUGAUAGCUUGAUACGAUUUUUACUCGGUAACGCGAUGUUAACGAGGGAACUGCAAUAAUACGGGCGCCUUUCAACAACGUGGUUUAAUCUGACAUAAGGAGAGCUUAGAAACGAACUGAGGAGAGACAUGGGGUGCAACACUAGUAAGGAAAGUGUUCAGCCAGCGGUUGAAGAGGGAAAAGAAGGCGAGUCCGUUAAGAAUGGGGAUAUCUCAAAGGCGGGGGAAGACAGUGCAACGAAAACCGAGUCCUCCGAGGAGAAAGAAAAGGACGCGGAGGGAGAUAAAGAGAAGGAGGAGGCAGCAGCCACGAAAAUACAAGCAGUUUUCCGCGGACAUCACGCUAGGAAAAGUUUAAAAGUGGCUAACACGGAGUCGGAACGAACGAGGAUCGACAAAGCAUCCUCGGAAUCUGCAGAGGAACCUACGAAGGAACAGCUGCAGGAAGAAUUCUCUGCCGACGACAAGGAGCUCUGUAGCGCGGUUUCGAAGAUACAAGCGACUUUCCGGGGCCACAUGUCGAGAAAGGACGCUGCCGCUGCCGCCAAAUCGGCGAUAAACGCGGUCGAGAGCGCAACUGCCAAGAUAGAAGAAAAGAUGCAUGACGCUGUACAGGAAUUAGAGGGGAUCGACUUGGCCGAUCCGGACUUGCAUAAGGCAGCGACUAAGAUUCAAGCGAGUUUCCGCGGUCACAAGGUCCGUCAGGAGGUCAACAUUCAUUCUACUGCCGACGAAAUUAAAAAAUAAGACGCUUAUUCGAAACGCAGAGGGAUGCCGGGAGAUAGAUUACUACUUAUUACAGCCAGUGCCAUUCUUAAGAAGAUUGAACGCCAUCCCCUAUUUCUUAUACCUCAUAAUGUAGCAUCCGUGGAUUAUUGUAAGUUAUGCGCGUAAAUAUAUACGAGGCAUUCCAAAAAAUCUCUCAGACAACCAAACAAUUUUGAUUAUAUUAGUUCACUUUGGACCAUAAAAUUUGUAAACAACGAUACCGUUUAUCUUACGUUAACAAUUACUCCAGCCUUCUCGCCCGGGACCAGUGAGACUUUUAAGCGCUUUCUACUUUGACUAGAAUGAGGAUUUUUCAAACGAGACAUAUGCACAGCUUGAAACACUCGAAUGGAGAAAUAUCUCUAUCGUUUAUGGAUAUAUAAAAGAAAAUUGUCUGGAAUAAAAUUGCAUUGUGUAAAGAAAGAGUAUAAUGGUAAAUAAAAAAAAAAUUGUUCCUUGAAUCGAUUGUUACAAAUCGAUUUUAAGUACUUUUCACACAAUUCACUCUACAUGACUAUUUUCAAACUACUCCUGUAUUAUCGAUUUAUAUCUACAUUUUUUAUGAGUUAUAUCUGUCACAUAUAGGGACAAAGUCAUAUAAUAGACAGAUUUUUCAAAGCACUUUUCAAAGUAUGAUAAUAUAAUAUACGUAGCAUAAAACGCAUCAUGAUUGAGGAAAAGAGUAACAGGAUGGGUAGGAAAAAAAAGAAGAAAAGACAAAUAGUUCCUUAUGAUUAAUCAACAUAAUAUUCGAUAGAAAUUGUGAUCUACAAGAACAGAACGACGAAUAUACACAAAUUCCUCAUAUCUGGUAGGUAUGUUAAUGGAACACGAUAAACGAUAGAGUAUAUCUUUGACGUCCUGCGCACGAUGAACGGAAUAUUAGGAUGCACACUAUGCAUGUUAACUUUUAUAAGUUCUUGUAUUUAUGUAAAAUAAACGGUAUGGUUGUACUGUCUCCAAUUUUAAAGUUAUUAACGAUGAAAGUGGUUUUCGAAUACUCUUUAUUACAACACGAAUGUUUUGAAGCACGAUUUUGCUUUUUUAAACUUUUCUAAUUUAUUAAUCGUUAAAAUGUGAUAACUAAAGUAUAUUUCUUGACUGCACUUUUUACAUUUUCCUACAAUUUCUUCUUUACUCUCUUUCUCUCUCUUUCUCUCUUCGAAAAAUUGAAUGUAUAUUUGUUUCAUUUUAAAUGUGGAAAGUGUAAAAAUGUGUAUGAUUGCUUCUCCCUUGAGAACUUGGAAAGAAAGCAUAUUGACCUAAAAGCAAAAGGAGUUGUAUCUUGAUCGUCAUAUUACCAUUUAACUUGUUAACAUUUUAGAGGAACUGUAAAUUUAGAAAACUCUUUCUCAUAUACUCGAUAGGACUAAAAAAACAAUCCCAAAUUUUCAUAUAAUUUUGCAAACAUUAAAUCAGAAAUAUUUAAUUAUAUUUUAUUAAUGCAGUAGAACCUCUAACGGAGAAGAAUAAUGACAUUUAAACCUUAAAGUAAAAUUUAAAUUAUAUCGUAAAUGUGAAUCUGUGAAAUUUUUCUAAUUCAAAUUCCCUUAAUAUGAUUUUUUUUCAGAUGCUUCAAUGUGUCGAAGACAUUUAAAAGAAUGUGCUUAAAAAACCGCAAUUUAUCGGCCUAUUGUCAAUAAUGGAGCAAUUAAAUCAACUAUUAAAUCGAAGUUCUACUGCAUCGAUUAAAAGCGUGCGUAAAUAUACAGAAUUCAUAACUGAAAUGAACUGAACAAAUCCGUCAAAAUAACGAGUCUGUUCUUUCCAGUCAUGGUCUCUCUGAGUGUGUGUUUAUUUGUGUGCUCAAAAUUGUUAUAUAUACUAAAGUUAAAAUUCCAUUUUUUAAAUUAAUUAUUACGUUUUUCUUUAAGUAUUUAUUAAUAUUAGUUUAGCUUAUCUUUCCUAAAUAUCGACAACUAUCUCUUGAACUUGGUUGUCAUUUAGUCCAUUUUUCAUAUGUAUAAAUUAGCAUCGAUAUCUCGAUACUUUAAAAUGGGAAUUUAUUUUACCAGGCCUAAAGAGAAACUAACUCUUGUGUACAUUAUCGAUCACCUUUCGUGUAUGAUCGUAGCAAAUAAACGAUCAGUAAGAGAUUCAAGAUGCAUAAUGCGAAGCAGCAAACGAGAACAAUUUUGCAACUCAACUACUCAAAUAAUUCUUUAUUUAAUGCCAGCUUUAUUCGUCCACAAGAAGCAGGGUACUGCGAAUUUAUUAUUUUUUACUUCCUCACGUUCGUCCACGCGGUUUUCUACAGAGCGAAUAUUAUUUCUAUCUUCUAUACUCUUGUAAUUUAUAUCGAUCGAUAUUUAUAUCAAUUUGCUGAAGACAAGUUAAAUAAUAUUACGCGUUAAAUAAUUAAUAUUUCCGAUACACGUUUAACGCCGACUAUGAGCAAUAAUCGCACGUAUUUUAUUGUGACAAAAUUUUUGCGGUUUAAAAUGAUUAAAAUUAUUGUAUAAAUUAACGUAUCGCGGCAAUAUAUAAUACAAACGACGAUUCUUCCUCUCAAAUAUAACAUGCUUUUUAUUAUAUGUGUAAUAUUUACGAUUGAUAUUGAUUGCGAUGGUACGUGCAACUAUUGUUCAAAAACCAAUAUAGUGAAACAACAUUUUUCCAUUCGCGUUAUUCAAUUACUUUAUUUCUAGUUUUCCAAUUCUCACUUCCUAUAUUCUAUAUCCAUCCCUAGCUCUAAGGUCAUAUUUCAAAUUCACAGUAGUAGGGUUCCCAAAAUUUCCAGAAAAAAUUACAAUAUUUCGGACUUCAUAAUUAUAUAUAUCCACGAUUUUUACUUAUCGAUUUCUAAUUAGUAAUUUAUGAACAAAUACUGUCUUGGAUCACGAUUUACAUAUUAUUCAUCUAGAGUAUCUACGAUUGUCGGCUUGUAGAAAAUUAAAGCGAAACUUGAUAUCGUCGAAAAUGAUCUAUCAUCGAGUAACGUUAUCUAGUUUAUGUCGGAGUGAAUACUGUGGAUAAAGAAUACUUGUUGUAUCGAAUUAUAAUAUAGAAUGCGAAACGUUGCGACGGAUAAUAGUCAUUCUUGUCGAUACGUUACUUUAUCACAUAUAAAUAGUUUAGUGAUGCACAAGACAAGUUGUGGUAAAACUAUAUUGUAAGAAUGUAAUAAAAUGACUUGUAUCGCUGAUACGAGCGGUGCAUUACAUGUAUUCUGUUUGUUUAAAAUACAUACCUUGCUAAAUGUA